AUGGUCGGGCCCAUCACGCAACCACACAAUAGUUUGUUUGCACAGGGCCGCAUUCGCGACAAAUCCGUCCCCCGAUUGGACGUUAUAUCCUCGUAUGUGACUCACAAGAACCUCGCAAAUUUCACUGUGAGGACUGGGAGCUCGUAUAACAACAAGGGAGGAUCCCUUUCCAAGGUACUGACCGUUUCCGGGGACUUUAGCGUUUGUGAAUUAUGUUCAUGGAAGAAGAAGACGGAUUUUCCCCAAAAUCUUAUGGUGCGGAUAAAAAUGCUAAUAAACAACUUCGACAUGAAAGUGUCGGCGGUGAAGCUGGUGGAGAGUCUGGAGUUCGGUUCCCGCGUGGGGCCGGUGCGUCUCCCGGACACGGAGGAUGAGGUCAACCUGGGGUACUUGGCUCAGAUCAUCGCUUGGACGCCGAGUGGGCACAUCCGAGUGGUGAACACCCCCUUGAUCGAAGCUUCUCUCUGCGAACCGUAUACCAGAAUGCUGCCAGGCAACUACAUUUGCUCUGGAGGGGUGCAGGAUCCGAACAGGCACUUCUGUCGGGCUUCCCUCUGCGAGCCGUAUACAAGAAUGCUGCAAGGCAACUACAUCUGCUCUGGAGGGGUGCAGGACCCGAACAGGCACUUCUGUCGGAGAGACAACGGCGGCGCAGUAGUCCAAAACAACACGCUCGUCGGCAUCUCCACAUUCUUACACACUUGCGCCAUCUACACCAAAGUGCACGCGUUCCCCAAAGUGGCCAGUUUCUCCCGUUGGGUGGACUCCGUCAUUUGGGACGAAGAGAAUCGCCCCACCACCACUUCUUUCACCACAACUACCGUCAAACCGACUACUAACGCGACAGAAUUGCCUACUCAGAGUCAAACUUUCUUCGCUGAUCCCAGAAAGUACUAUGUAACUCUGCCGUUUGAGCCAAUAAAUGUGCCUUUAGAGCCAGCUGAGGAUAAUUCUGUGAUUCCUAGGAUGAGUUUGUAUGAGUCCUAUCUCCAGAGCAUGGCUCGGGCCAAAACAUCGACUACCCAAAGCCCGAAACAGAGGGAAAUGGAGAAGAGGGCGUGGUUGCGCCAAUUUGGACGAGGGAUGGUGGCGCCAUCUUACGCAAGGAAGUACGAUGCGUAUGAUUACAACUAAUGUGUACUGAG